CACGCCCUCCCUUUGCCCCGCCCACUGCCCGCCGUGGCCCCGCCCCCCGCCCCGCCAUUGCGGUUCCGUGUCCGGCGCGGGGUCACCGCGAUGGCGGCGGCGGGAGCGCGACGGGCCGGAGCCUUCCUGCUUUCGGCCGCGGUCCGGCACCGGAGUUCCCAGAGCACGUCGCUGCAGGAAGGUCUUGUUGCCAAAACUUCCCUGUCUUCACCUCCGUGGCCUGAAGUGCCAAAACUUCCAGAUCCAGUGGAAGAAGCCAAGUAUCAUGCAGAGCUGGUGCAGAAGGUGAACGGGAUGAUCUCGGCGGGGGAGUACGGGCGGCUCUUCGCCGUCGUCCACUUCGCCAGCAAGCAGUGGAAGGUCACCAGUGAAGACCUGAUCAUGAUGGACAACGUGCUGGAGGCUGAGUGUGGAGACCGGAUCCGGCUGGAAAAGGUUUUGCUGGUUGGUGCUGACGACUUCACGCUCAUUGGAAGGCCACUGCUGGGGAAAGACCUGGUCCGUGUGGAGGCCACAGUGAUUGAGAAGACGGAGUCGUGGCCCAAAAUCCACAUGCGCUUCUGGAAGAGGCACAACUAUCAGAGGAAGAAAAUCAUUAGGAACCCCCAGACCGUCCUCCGGAUCAACACCAUCGAAAUCUACCCGUGUUUGUCCUGAUUGAUUGGGGGGGGAAGGUGUGGCUGGGAAUCAUCAUUGCUCCAGGCAAUCAUGGAAACAAAACUGCCUCAGCAUUGGAAAGUUCUGGACCUGCUGCUGCAGUGGGAAAUGGAAACUUCUACGUGCUGUCUUUUCAAAAUAAUGAAAUAUUUUUUUGAACUGUCAUUUCAGCCUCGGUGGUUUUUAUUUGCCAGGAAGUUUUAAACACCUGGGAUCCAU